AUGCAUGCAUAUGGUCAUGAAUGGGCUUGCCAGCUCAUGUAUAACCCUCAAAUGGCUAAUGGACUCGGCCUCUCUGAUGGCAAAGGGACUGAGAGGCUCUGGUCCAGGUUCAUCAGACUUAUAGGGAUUCAGCAAUCAUCAUCGUGGCAACAACGACUCUGGCUGAUUGAUCAUCAAGCUGCAGUGAUUGGACAAGAUAUGCAAAACAUUUUAGGAACCUGGCUCAAGUGGCGUCUCAAACGAGGUGUAGACAAACAAGAUUUGGCUGCACAGGAUGUGCUAGAUGCUUGUGAGGAGACACUGGAGGCUCUUGGAAGCCUCAAGCAGGGCCACAAGCAUCUGAUGAACAAAGUUGAUGUUUUAUACGCGUCUCUCAAUGUACAUGACAAGUUCCCUGGACUUAAAGGCAUAGACUUGGAGUUUGUGCAGAUUCUCUUGAUGGCCCGGGACCUCAAAAUUAAUAUUUGCAAAUGGGCAAUUGGGAGCUUCUUUAAGUGGGAUAAACUUGAUUGUGCAGUUGGAGGGGCACAGCAAGCACUUGGUACAAAGCUCCACCAGCAAACAUGGCAGGAUAUUUCCAAGAGGCAGCCCACUCUUAUGGCUGCAUUGCAAAAGUUCCAUAUGUACUGCCAGCAGUUGCAUAUACUCUAUGGUCCAUCCUUGGCUGUCCCUCUUCCAAUGCCCCUCCCAACAAAACUUAAGGACCUAUGGAGUGAUCAAAGCCUCACAGAAGACGUGUGGAUAUCUCCAUCUGCUGGUGAGAUUUCACCAUGGUUGGAAGACCCAGAUGUGCGUGACAACAUUCAUGCUGCCCUAAAGCAGGACAGAUGUAGAGAGGAACAACGUUGCCUGGGCUUGGAAGCCGUCGACGUGUGUCGAUGGUUUGGGCGGGAACUAGCAGCAAUUGAACUUGCUCUUCACCUGCCAGCCCACAACACAUUCAGUCUGGCACUACAGCAGCAUUGUAACCACUUGCGUCAUCUUCAAAAAAAACUCAAGAACCCACUUGCAUCUCAAGCCCGCUACGACAGCCAAGCUAGCGAAGCUCUUAGGCUUGCAACAACCCUCUCAGGAGGCUUUAUUCCCACCACUUACCACUGGAUUCAAUAUACCUCGUCGUCCAGUCCUGAUUUGCCCCCCAACAACAUUGAUGUGGACCCACUGGAAUAUUGUGAAAAUGAGGUCCCGCUUGGACUGGAACAAAUUACACUGGGUGAUAUAAUUACAGCAGAAUCUAUUGGGGAUGUAGAUGAUGAUGAAAAUGAGGAACCUGCAGUAGCAGAUGUAGAAUUGAGAUGGGACAUUCCAGAGGUACAGUAG